CCCACACACACACAGAGCUUUGUUUUUCUUUUAUUUUUCUUUUUCCACUGGUGAUAUUUCUCUGCUUCCAAGGCUUCCGGCUUUCUCUGCCUAUAGAGGAGCUUUUCACCAAACUCCCCUUUCCUUCCUCCUCCUCUUCUCCCCCUCUUCUCACUGUUCUUGUGAAUACUUAGAUGAUAUCAUCCUGUCACUGUCACUAGUCCCACUUCUUCCCCGCGUUAUCAAAGAUUUCAAUCUCUAUAGGUUCUCUGAUCUCGUUCGCAAUCCCAGAUUCCAUCUGUAAAAAAAGUCUUCUUUGUUGCAAUCCGGAUUGAUAGUCUUGAGGAGGUUCUUGUUCAGCUUUUUAGAAGGAGCAAGUGGAGGAGCAAGGCUUUGUUUUUUGUUUUUAUUUGCUGUUUCUCUUCAUCGAACGAGAAGAAAUCGGCAGUUUGUGGGAGUGGCUUGUUGUUCUAGGAGAAAUCGUGGUUGGAUCGUGUUCUUUGCUUUGUUUCAAUCCGAUUGGCGACGGGCGCCGAGGGAUUUAGCGCCAAAAGGAAGGAAUUUCUGUGCUUUUCUUCGAUUACACGGCGAAUUCUGGGCGGGCGAAUUUGGCAUCUUUUGAUCGCAUUUUGUUCCCUGGCUGGCGAGAACACCGAGAGCUGGGGAGAUGGUCUCGGAGGCGCCCAUGGCGGCGGGCGCCGUCGUCGUCACCGCGGCGCUGUGCAAGAGGAGCAACCGGGUCGCGCGGGUGCUCGCCUACGCGCUCCUCGAGUGGAUCCUGAUAGCUCUCCUCCUCGCCAAUGGCGUCUUCUCCUACCUCAUAUCGAGGUUCGCCGCCUUCUUCGGCCUGGCGCCGCCGUGCGCCCUCUGCUCCCGCCUCGGCGUGGACAGCCUCUUCGAGCCCCGCGGCGAGGGGCAGGGCGCCGGCGCGGAGCCCCUGUGCCGCGUGCUGUGCGACUCGCACGCCGCCGAGGUGUCGCGCCUCGGCUACUGCCGCGCGCACCGGCGGCUCGCGGACGCCGGGGACAUGUGCGAGGACUGCGUGUCCGCCUCCGCGGCGGCGGCGGCGUCGUCGUGGAUGAGGCGGAGCGAGCUCGGCGAGCGGGACCUGGCAUGCGCGUGCUGCGGCGUCGCGCUCGAGAGCGGCUUCAUCUCGCCGCCGUUCUUGUUCCCCGCGCCGGCGGCGUGCGACGUGGACUGUGGCCACAGGAGAGACGCCGCCAUGGCAAAUCUCAAUCGCGAUCUGGUCUUCGUGUCCGAGGAGGGCCCUGUGAUCGAGCUCUUCGAUGAGAAGCCAUUGGAGGAGGACCCGAUCGGCGCCAUGGCUGGCUUGGCAGCUCAAUGUGCCGAGAUUGUUGGCAAUGUCCUGCAGCUGGUGCCUCUUGAAUCAGCUGAUUUGUCAAAUGUCAGAAAGAGUGCAGUAUCAUAUGAAUCCCGUGGUGAAGGGAAUGAUGCAAUGGAUCAUGUAACUUCGAAGCAGCGCAAUGUGGUGCUGAAGAACAUGGCUAACACCAGUGAGGAUAAAUCCGCGGUGUCCUCUGAUGAUGAUGACAAGGUGGGUGAUAUGGUUAGUAAGAUGAUCGACGAAGAAAUUACUGCGUUAGUCCUCUCUCAGGAUUGUAUUGAGGAUGGAUUCAGCUGCGAGAUAGAUGGGGAAACCACGGAGAGCUUAGCUGCUGAUCAUCAACAAUUUUGUGAGAAGCAUAGUGGAUUGAAAGACAACAACCAGGAAAUUUCAAUCGGGAGUGAGAUACCUGAGAAUGAGCAGGGUGCUGUAAAACAAGAAUUGCUUUGCGUGCUGACAAAUCCGAGGGGGAAUGAAUUUGGUAUUGACAAUUUAGAAGGAAAUACUGAGACAGUUCAUCAGGCUGAUCUCAAUAAUGGAUGGAAUUCGAUGCCAGUGGAAGCUGGAGUGCAUGCCUCUGAAACUUCAACUGAGAACAAUGAGGAGUGGAUUCAGCCAGGUGAGCUGAGCCAGAAAUCGAAUCUGAUGCCGAUAUACUCUAGGGAGCAUGCUGAUGAAGAAAUUAAAGAGGACAGAAUUUCACUGACUGAGAUAAAACAAGGAUUGGACUCUGUGACAAUUGAUUCUUGGGAAGAAGUUCAUUUGAUUUCAAAUGAUGGCACCAAAGAGAAUCAGGCUGAACAGCCUGAGCUGAAUCAUCAAUCAACUUUUAUGACAGUACGUGCUAUUGAGUAUGUAACAGACUUGUUUGAUGCUAACAUCAGUGCAGGCAACGUUAAUCCAACAGAGGCUGCUCUACCAAGCUUACAUCAAUUCUCUUAUGGACCAUCAACAAGCUUAAACAAAUUAUGUCCUGACUAUAAUGAUGUUGAAUCAGAGAGUGCUCCGGAUACACCAAUUCACAUUGAAGAUAUCGAUGGUUUACAUGAGUUGCCAGACCAUAAAGCAAUGACUUCUGAUACCAAGUCAGUUGAUCUGGAAAGUAUUGAACUGGUUAGUGUUGAUCAGUUAAAAUCUGCUUUGGCAUCUGCACAUAAAUCUUUGAGCACCCUAUAUACUGAGCUUGAAAAUGAGAGGAGUGCAGCUGCUAUCGCUGCUGAUGAGACUAUGGCAAUGAUAAAUCGCUUGCAAGAACAAAAGGCGGCAAUGCAGAUGGAGGCAAUCCAGUACCAGCGACUUAUGGAAGAACAAUCGGAGUAUGAUCAAGAUGCGCUAGAGAGGUUGAAUGAACUAGUUGUGAAGAGAGAGAAGGAGAAACAAGAUCUGGAGAGAGAGCUCGAGUUGUACAGACGCAAGGUUCAUCUCUUUGAGGUGAAGGAAAGGAGAAAAAUGUCCAGGCACAAGGCUGAUGACCACAAUGGGUCAUCCUCAGCAUCAUCCAGUGCUGAGGACAGCGAUGACCAUUCCCAAAGUUUCUAUGAAGGCGAUGAAUCUGCCCAUGGUCUUAAUGGAAGCAAUGGUAGUAUCCCUACUGAUGCUGUGUUACAAGAAACUGCUAGGCAUCUGGGGACACUUGGUUGCUCACUCGCAGAUUUUGAGGAAGAAAGACUCUCCAUACUGGAGCAGCUCAAAUUGCUAGAGGAGAGGCUAUUUGACCUCGAAGAUGAAGAUUCAGAUAGUGUUAAGAUGGACAAGCGAUUAUCAGAAGAAAACCAUUUGAUGGGUGCCUCAAAUGGUUUCUCUGAUGAUGAUAGCAACUUCAAACUUCAUGACAAAAGAAAAGGUGUAAGCUAUAGGGGAAAAAAGCUGCUCCCAUUAUUUGAUGACACUACCGUGGAAGAUGGGAACGACCUCCUAACAAGGCAAGAUCCUGAGGCAGACCAUUCUACAGAAAAUGUUGUGUUGGAACCAGCUAAUGAGCAAGAUAAACUUGCAAUAGCGCAUGAAAUUGAUCAAGUCCAUGAGCGGCUGCAUGCUCUAGAGGCAGACAAGGAAUUUAUAAAACAGUGUGUGAGGUCUUUGAAGAAAGGAGACAAGGGGUUUGAUCUUCUUCAGGAGAUCUUGCAGCAUCUUAGGGACCUGAGAAGGAUCGAGCAGCGUACAAGGAACUCUGGAGAGCUCUCACCGCAUUAUCUGCACCCUUACACGGAUUGAAGGUAAAAAGAUCAUCUGCAGAGCGUUAUGAUCAUGUUCGAGGAAAAUGCAUUGAAGAUGAAAGCUAUAAAACAACGAAAAAAGAUUGCUGACUAACUAGUAUUGUCAUGCCAGAAGUUUGGCGCAGACCAGGAGGGAAAGGAGAUCCACCUGGUGCUCGAAUUCUCAAGUUGGUUCGGCAUUGCCGUCUGGAUGGCAGAUCAUGGAGCAAUUCUGCCUUCCAAAGGUCCAGGUUUUUUUUCGCGGACCGCUUUCCACGUCCUUUUUCGUUUGGUUUCAUUAUAUGAGGGGAUUGGGGGGGGGUUCCAAACUUUUACUCAAGAACAAGAGGGGUUGGUGAGCUGCCCCCUCCAUGAGUUGUGUUUUGUGGCAAAAACCAUGGCUUGUGAAAAAGCCUUGGAAUUCAUUAACACGAAACAUAUGCCUCUGCCAGCUUUGAUGCCAGGUAGAGUGAGUAUAAAAAAAAGGCUAAAGAAAAAGGGCCUCAGUGCCUUUCUUAGUUGUUCUGUUUUUUUCCCCCUGUAAAUUUUCUAAGUUGUAUGUAAUGCUUUUGGAAUGUGGGUUGCUCUUGAGUGCAUUGUGCAUAGCAUCAUUGUCUGAUGAGCAUUGGCUGUAACACGUACGGUUAUGGUUUUGCUUA